AUGGAGAAAGAUUAUCAGGUGUUAAUGAAGACCGAAGAAAGAACCACAAGAGAACUGAGGCAAACAUUAGGUUAUUCAGAAAAGCUUGAGAAAGAAUCUAUGAUAAUGGCAGAAUCAAGAAGUUUUGACCUGCGUUUUAGUAUGGAAAAGACGCAAGACAGAGAAAAAACCAUGCAAAAAGUUAGAAUCUUGGAGAAUGAGAUUCAGGAACUCUCCACUUCCCCCAAUUCUGAAACUAUGAAAGUCUGGGAAGAGAAAGAGAACAAGACAGGAGAAAGCUCAAAGACGGAAGAAAGAAUCACAAGAGAACUGAGCAGUUUUGAACCGCGUUUUAUUAUGGAAAAGACCCAAGACAGAGAAAAAAAAAUGCAAAAAGUUAGAAUCUUGGAGGAUGAGAUUCAGGAACUCUCCACUUCCCCCAAUUCUGAAACUAUGAAAGUUAGCAGUUUUGACCCACGUUUUAUUAUGGAAAAGACGCAAGACAGAGAAAUAAAAAUGCAACAAGUUAGAAUCUUGGAGGAUGAGAUUCAGGAACUCUCCACUUCCCCCAAUUCUGAAACUAUGAAAGUUAGAAGUUUUGACCCGCGUUUUAUUAUGGAAAAGAUGCAAGACAGGGAAAAAACCAUGCAAAAAUUUAGAAUCUUGGAGAAUGAGAUUCAGGAACUCUCCACUUCCCCCAAUUCUGAAACUAUGAAAGUUAGAAGUUUUGACCCACGUUUUAUUAUGGAAAAGAUGCAAGACAGAGAAAAAACCAUGCAAAAAGUUAGAAUCUUGGAGAAUGAGAUUCAGGAACUCUCCACUUCCCCCAAUUCUGAAACUAUGAAAGUUAGAAGUUUUGACCCGCGUUUUAUUAUGGAAAAGACGCAAGACAGAGAAAAAACCAUGCAAAAAGUUAGAAUCUUGGAGAAUGAGAUUCAGGAACUCUGCACUUCCCCCAAAUCUGAAACUAUGAAAGUUAGAUAUCACUCUCCUCCAUCAUUCAUGGGGAGGUCUGGGAAGAGAAAGAGAACAAGACAGGAGAAAGCUCAAAGAAUUGAGUUCGAUAAAAAAAUGGAGAAAGAUUAUCAGGUGUUAAUGAAGACGGAAGAAAGAACCACAAGAGAACUGAGAAGUUUUGACCCGCGUUUUAUUAUGGAAAAGAUGCAAGACAGAGAAAAAACCAUGCAAAAAGUUAGAAUCUUGGAGAAUGAGAUUCAGGAACUCUCCACUUCCCCCAAUUCUGAAACUAUGAAAGUUAGAUAUCACUCUCCUCCAUCAUUCAUGGGGAGGUCUGGGAAGAGAAAGAGAACAAGACAGGAGAAAGCUCAAAGAAUUGAGUUCGAUAAAAAAAUGGAGAAAGAUUAUCAGGUGUUAAUGAAGACGGAAGAAAGAACCACAAGAGAACUGAGAAGUUUUGACCCGCGUUUUAUUAUGGAAAAGAUGCAAGACAGAGAAAAAACCAUGCAAAAAGUUAGAAUCUUGGAGAAUGAGAUUCAGGAACUCUCCACUUCCCCCAAUUCUGAAACUAUGAAAGUUAGAUAUCACUCUCCUCCAUCAUUAAUGGGGAGGUCUGGGAAGAGAAAGAGAACAAGACUGGAGAAAACUCAAAGAAUUGAGUUCGAUAAAAAAAUGGAGAAAGAUUAUCAGGUGUUAAUUAAGACGGAAGAAAGAACCACAAGAGAACUGAGAAGUUUUGACCCGCGUUUUAUUAUGGAAAAGACGCAAGACAGAGAAAAAACCAUGCAAAAAGUUAGAAUCUUGGAGAAUGAGAUUCAGGAACUCUGCACUUCCCCCAAUUCUGAAAUUAUGAAAGUUAGAUAUCACUCUCCUCCAUCAUUCAUGGGGAGGUCUGGGAAGAGAAAGAGAACAAGACAGGAGAAAGCUCAAAGAAUUGAGUUCGAUAAAAAAAUGGAGAAAGAUUAUCAGGUGUUAAUGAAGACGGAAGAAAGAACCACAAGAGAACUGAGAAGUUUUGACCCGCGUUUUAUUAUGGAAAAGAUGCAAGACAGAGAAAAAACCAUGCAAAAAGUUAGAAUCUUGGAGAAUGAGAUUCAGGAACUCUCCACUUCCCCCAAUUCUGAAACUAUGAAAGUUAGAUAUCACUCUCCUCCAUCAUUAAUGGGGAGGUCUGGGAAGAGAAAGAGAACAAGACUGGAGAAAACUCAAAGAAUUGAGUUCGAUAAAAAAAUGGAGAAAGAUUAUCAGGUGUUAAUUAAGACGGAAGAAAGAACCACAAGAGAACUGAGAAGUUUUGACCCGCGUUUUAUUAUGGAAAAGACGCAAGACAGAGAAAAAACCAUGCAAAAAGUUAGAAUCUUGGAGAAUGAGAUUCAGGAACUCUGCACUUCCCCCAAUUCUGAAAUUAUGAAAGUUAGAAGUUUUGACCCGCGUUUUAUUAUGGAAAAGAUGCAAGACAGAGAAAAAACCAUGCAAAAAGUUAGAAUCUUGGAGAAUGAGAUUCAGGAACUCUCCACUUCCCCCAAUUCUGAAACUAUGAAAGUUAGAAGUUUUGACCCGCGUUUUAUUAUGGAAAAGAUACAAGACAGAGAAAAAACCAUGCAAAAAGUUAGAAUCUUGGAGAAUGAGAUUCAGGAACUCUCCACUUCCCCCAAUUCUGAAACUAUGAAAGUUAGCAGUUUUGACCCGCGUUUUAUUAAGGAAAAGAUGCAAGACAGAGAAAAAACCAUGCAAAAAGUUAGAAUCUUGGAGGUUGAGAUUCAGGAACUCUCCACUUUCGCCAAUUCUGAAACUAUGAAAGUUAGCAGUUUUGACUCGCGUUUUAUUAUGGAAAAGACGCAAGACAGAGAAAAAACCAUUCAAAAAGUUAGAAUCUUGGAGGAUGAGAUUCAGGAACUCUCCACUUCCCCCAAUUCUGAAACUAUGAAACAAUUUUUACCCGCGUUUUAUUAUGGAAAAGACGCAAGACAUAGAAAAAACCAUGAAAAAAAUAGAAUCUUGGAGGAUGAGAUUCAGGAACUCUCCACUUCCCCCAAUUCUGAAACUAUGAAAGUUAGAUAUCACUCUCCUCCAUCAUUCAUGGGGAGGUCUGGGAAGAGAAAGAGAACAAGACUGGAGAAAGCUCAAAGAAUUGAGUUCGAUAAAGAAAUGGAGAAAGAUUAUCAGGCGUUAAUGAAGAUGGAAGAAAGAACCAUAAGAGAACUGAGCAGUUUUGACCCGUGUUUUAUUUUGGAAAAGACGCAAGACAGAGAAAAAACCAUGCAAAAAGUUAGAAUCUUGGAGGAUGAGAUUCAGGAACUCUCCAUUUCCCCCAAUUCUGAAACUAUGAAAGUUAGCAGUUUUGACCCGCGUUGUAUAAUGGAAAAGACGAAAGACAUAGAAAAAACCAUGCAAAAAGUUAGAACCUUGGAGGAUGAGAUUCAGGAACUCUCCACUUCCCCCACUUCUGAAACUAUGAAAGUUAGCAGUUUUGACCCGCGUUUUAUUAUGGAAAAGACGCAAGAAAGAGAAAAAACCAUGCAAAUAGUUAGAAUCUUGGAGGAUGAGAUUCAGGAACUCUCCACUUCCUCCAAUUCUGAAACUAUGAAAGUUAGCAGUUUUGACCCGCGUUUUAUUAUGGAAAAGACGAAAGACAUAGAAAAAACCAUGCAAAAAGUUAGAAUCUUGGAGGAUGAGAUUCAGGAACUCUCCACUUCCCCCAAUUCUGAAACUAUGAAAGUUAGCAGUUUUGACCCGCGUUUUACUAUGGAAAAGUCGCAAGACAGAGAAAAAACCAUUCAAAAAGUUAGAAUCUUGGAGAAUGAGAUUCAGGAACUCUCCACUUCCCCCAAUUCUGACACUAUGAAAGUUAGAUAUCACUCUCCUCCAUCAUUCAUGGGGAGGUCUGGGAAGAGAAAGAGAACAAGACUGGAGAAAGCUCAAAGAAUUGAGUUUGAUAAAAAAUUGGAGAAAGAUUAUCAGGCAUUAAUGAAGACGGAAGAAAGAACCACAAGAGAACUGAGGCAAACAUUAGGUUAUGAAGAAAAGCUUGAGAAAGAAUCCAUGAUAAUGGCAGAAUCAAGCAGUUUUGACCCAUGUUUUAUUAAGGAAAAGACGCAAGACAGAGAAAAAACCAUGCAAAAAGUUAGAAUCUUGGAGGAUGAGAUUCAGGAACUUUCCACUUCCCCCAAUUCUGAAACUAUGAAAGUUAGCAGUUUUGACCCGCGUUUUAUUAUGGAAAAGAUGCAAGACAUAGAAAAAACCAUGCAAAAAGUCAGAAUCUUUGAGGAUGAGAUUCAGGAACUCUCCACUUCCCCCAAUUCUGAAACUAUGAAAGUUAGAUUUCACUCUCCUCCAUCAUUCAUGGGGAGGUCUGGGAAGAGAAAGAGAACAAGACUGGAGAAAGCUCAAAGAAUUGAGUUCGAUAAAAAAAAUGGAGAAAGAUUAUCAGGUGUUAAUGAAGACGGAAGAAAGAACCACAAGAGAACUGAGGCAAACAUUAGCAGUUUUGACCCGCGUUUUAUUAUGGAAAAGACGCAAGACAUAGAAAAAACCACGCAAAAAGUUAGAAUCUUGGAGGAUGAGAUUCAGGAACUCUCCACUUCCCCCAAUUCUGAAACUAUGAAAGUUAGCAGUUUUGACCCGCGUUUUAUUAUGGCAAAGACGCAAGACAGAGAAAAAACCAUGCAAAAAGUUAGAAUCUUGGAGGAUGAGAUUCAGGAACUCUCCACUUCCUCCAAUUCUGAAACUAUGAAAGUUAGCAGUUUUGACCCGCGUUUUAUUAUGGCAAAGACGCAAGACAGAGAAAAAACCAUGCAAAAAGUUAGAAUCUUGGAGGAUGAGAUUCAGGAACUCUCCACUUCCUCCAAUUCUGAAACUAUGAAAGUUAGAUUUCACUCUCCUCCAUCAUUCAUGGGGAGGUCUGGGAAGAGAAAGAGAACAAGACUGGAGAAAGCUCAAAGAAUUGAGUUCGAUAAAAAAAAUGGAGAAAGAUUAUCAGGUGUUAAUGAAGACGGAAGAAAGAACCACAAGAGAACUGAGGCAAACGUUAGCAGUUUUGACCCGCGUUUUAUUAUGGCAAAGACGCAAGACAGAGAAAAAACCAUGCAAAAAGUUAGAAUCUUGGAGGAUGAGAUUCAGGAACUCUCCACUUCCUCCAAUUCUGAAACUAUGAAAGUUAGAUUUCACUCUCCUCCAUCAUUCAUGGGGAGGUCUGGGAAGAGAAAGAGAACAAGACUGGAGAAAGCUCAAAGAAUUGAGUUCGAUAAAAAAAAUGGAGAAAGAUUAUCAGGUGUUAAUGAAGACGGAAGAAAGAACCACAAGAGAACUGAGGCAAACGUUAGCAGUUUUGACCCGCGUUUUAUUAUGGCAAAGACGCAAGACAGAGAAAAAACCAUGCAAAAAGUUAGAAUCUUGGAGGAUGAGAUUCAGGAACUCUCCACUUCCUCCAAUUCUGAAACUAUGAAAGUUAGAUUUCACUCUCCUCCAUCAUUCAUGGGGAGGUCUGGGAAGAGAAAGAGAACAAGACUGGAGAAAGCUCAAAGAAUUGAGUUCGAUAAAAAAAAUGGAGAAAGAUUAUCAGGUGUUAAUGAAGACGGAAGAAAGAACCACAAGAGAACUGAGGCAAACGUUAGCAGUUUUGACCCGCGUUUUAUUAUGGCAAAGACGCAAGACAGAGAAAAAACCAUGCAAAAAGUUAGAAUCUUGGAGGAUGAGAUUCAGGAACUCUCCACUUCCUCCAAUUCUGAAACUAUGAAAGUUAGCAGUUUUGACCCGCGUUUUAUUAUGGCAAAGACGCAAGACAGAGAAAAAACCAUGCAAAAAGUUAGAAUCUUGGAGGAUGAGAUUCAGGAACUCUCCACUUCCUCCAAUUCUGAAACUAUGAAAGUUAGAUUUCACUCUCCUCCAUCAUUCAUGGGGAGGUCUGGGAAGAGAAAGAGAACAAGACUGGAGAAAGCUCAAAGAAUUGAGUUCGAUAAAAAAAAUGGAGAAAGAUUAUCAGGUGUUAAUGAAGACGGAAGAAAGAACCACAAGAGAACUGAGGCAAACGUUAGCAGUUUUGACCCGCGUUUUAUUAUGGCAAAGACGCAAGACAGAGAAAAAACCAUGCAAAAAGUUAGAAUCUUGGAGGAUGAGAUUCAGGAACUCUCCACUUCCUCCAAUUCUGAAACUAUGAAAGUUAGCAGUUUUGACCCGCGUUUUAUUAUGGCAAAGACGCAAGACAGAGAAAAAACCAUGCAAAAAGUUAGAAUCUUGGAGGAUGAGAUUCAGGAACUCUCCACUUCCUCCAAUUCUGAAACUAUGAAAGUUAGAUUUCACUCUCCUCCAUCAUUCAUGGGGAGGUCUGGGAAGAGAAAGAGAACAAGACUGGAGAAAGCUCAAAGAAUUGAGUUCGAUAAAAAAAAUGGAGAAAGAUUAUCAGGUGUUAAUGAAGACGGAAGAAAGAACCACAAGAGAACUGAGGCAAACGUUAGCAGUUUUGAACCGCGUUUUAUUAUGGCAAAGACGCAAGACAGAGAAAAAACCAUGCAAAAAGUUAGAAUCUUGGAGGAUGAGAUUCAGGAACUCUCCACUUCCCCCAAUUCUGAAACUAUGAAAGUUAGGUAA